AUGUUCUGCUUCUCGCUCUUCUGGCCGCUUGGGGCGUUGAGGGAGACUUUGUUCUGCUUCUCGCUCUUCUGGCCGCUUGGGGCGUCGAGGAAGACAAUGUUCAAAUUCUCGCUCUUCUGGUCGCUUGGGGCGUUGAGGGAGACAAUGUUCAGCUUCUCGCUCUUCUGGUCGCUUGGGGCGUUGAGGGAGACAAUGUUCAACUUCUCGCUCUUCUGGCCGCUUGGGGCGUUGAGGGAGACAAUGUUUAACUUCUCGCUCUUCUGGCCGCUUGGGGCGUUGAGGGAGACAAUGUUCAAAUUCUCGCUCUUCUGGUCGCUUGGGGCGUUGAGGGAGACAAUGUUCAAAUUCUCGCUCUUCUGGUCGCUUGGGGCGUUGAGGGAGACAAUGUUCAGCUUUUCGCUCUUCUGGUCGCUUGGGGCGUUGAGGGAGACAAUGUUCAACUUCUCGCUCUUCUGGCCGCUUGGGGCAUUGAGGAAGACAAUGUUCAGCUUUUCGCUCUUCAGGCGCUUGGGGCGUUGA